CUCAACUCCAAUCACAUCUCCAUUCUGCCUCUUCGCUGCACAAUUCGCUCUUGGCCUGCCUUGAAAAAAUAGAGAAAAAAAAUCUGUAGCAGCAAGAAAAAAACAGAGAGAUGGAGGGCGUGAUGACCGAGCUGAGCUACGUCAAAGAGCUGGUGAAGCAGCUCGACGUGUACCUGGGAGGCUGUCCCGACCUCUGCAAGGACCUGACUGCGCAGAUCUCCACCGUCACCGAGAGGUCCAUCGGCAUGAUCAGGUCCGGGCACUUCGACGUCCGGAAGCGAUCUGCCGCCACCGCCGGCAUCGACUCCCCGGCUUUCCCCUCGACGCCCAGCCCUCUCAGCGGCGUCUCCAACAUGCAUUUCAAGGCGAACAAGAAGAGAAAGAUGAUGGAGAAAGGGGAUCAUCGGGUUAGGGUGAGCUCGGCGAGAGGAGGAGCGGAUGCCCCGGAGGACGAUGGCUACAGCUGGAGGAAGUACGGGCAGAAGGAGAUCCUUGGAUCCCAGAACCGAAGGGCAUACUACCGCUGCACGCACCAGAAAACCCAGGGAUGCGCGGCAACGAAGCAGGUGCAGCGCGCCGACGAGGACGCGACGCUCUUCGACGUGACCUACCACGGCACCCACACGUGCGGCCACAAGACGGCGGCGGCAGCCAACGUACAGCCGGCGACGCCGAACCCGGACGCGAGCAGCCUUCUACAGAGCCUGAGCUCGAGCCUGACGGUGGACACCGAGGGGCUCACGCCCGGGCCUCAGCAAGAUUGGAGCAGAACCACGCCCUUCAGUUUCUCGCCGGCGGUGAGCGGCCUUUUGACGCCGGAGAACUGUUUCGAACAAGGCGUGUCGCUCUCCUCGUCCCGGCUUGAACUCUCGCCGGCCACCUCAGGCUCGAGCUACAUCCCCAUGAACCCGUUCGAGGAGGAGGCGCAGUCUGAGCUGGUGUCUGCGCUCGUCGCCGCAAUGAGCAUGCCGCAGCCCGCCAUGGAAGUGGAGGAGGCCGGUUUCUCCCUGGACGAACUAGAGUUGUUUGACGACUCGAUCUUUGACGUUUCUAUCUUCGACAAUCUUCCUUGCCUGAGAUAGUGACCAGGAGAGAACGCCAAAAGAAAACAAGAGAGAAAAAACCGCAGCAACCGUAGAGAUUAGAGAGGCACCCACCAAAGGGUGUUUGCGCACAGGAGAGAAGAACAUACACGCUCUUCCUGGAUCAGCGCAGGUGUACUGUGUAAUCGUUAGGACGAAGAUAUUAGUUUACCCUUUCUUCAUGUUUUCUUUUUUCA